CGAAAACGCGGCGAAUCGAUGCCUCAAUUGCCGCCGCGUCGCCUGCGCCGCGAUUCGGAACCGCGAACACCGAGUAGCUAGCACGCGAUUGUCAACGAUUGCUGAUAGUCCGCUUCGAGCGACGAGGACCAAUUCAAUCUCUGCAGCGGAAACGAGUUCUUGGAGCAUCCCGCGAGCUAAGACCACUUCGGCUUCCUCUUGCAACAGAACGAAAGUAAAUCGACAAAGCUCUACUGACGCAAGCUGGAGAAUCUUGGUGCGAUCUUGGUGACCUGAGCAUGGUUUUAGUUGUGACGGCGGGGCGAUGACACUCAAUCACCGUCCGCCGUCAUUAGCAGGAGUCCCUCAGGACUCACGCAGCUUCCUGCUUCCGGUCCCAGUCCCAAUCCCGGUCUCCGACGAUUACCGCUAUUUAGCGAGGAACAUCGUAAAAACACACGUGACUAUUGUAACCGGAAGGAGAGAUGAGAGACCGCCCUCAUUACCGAGAUCAUGGGCAUGCCAUGCCACUCGAAGAGGCACAAGGGCUGUUACUUCCACCCUCCAGAAUAGGUAACCGGGGACCUCUGAACGUAACGAUUGUACAGGUCGGCAGAGGAAAUGGAGGAGGUGGAGAUGGCGGAAGUGAUUUACUGAGAUUGGAACCGCCAUCGGAUUUAAGACCAGCCCCGUCGCCCCUAUCUGAUACCAGUGCUACCUUGCAGUCUGACAACAAUGACACUUUGGUUGGAGGUGUCGAUCCAAGGCUAUUGCUGGGAACUGGUGGUGAUCGCGCUUGGGAAGGCCGCUAUCACGUCAAGGAACAUCGACGUGCUGGAAAAGCUACCUUUCAAGGUCAAGUUUACAACUUCUUAGAGCGUCCCACUGGCUGGAAGUGCUUCCUAUACCACUUCUCUGUGUAA